AUGAAGGAAGUCAAAACAGCGGAGGAAAUUGAGCUCGAAAGGGACAAAGCGGAGAAGUUCAUCAUCCAAGCCCUGGAGAUAAUGCAGAACGUGCGGCGGACAUUCCUGGAACAGCAAAGUCAGAUCUUCUCAAAUUCGUGGUUCCUGUUAUAUGAGAGUCGAUACAUCGGUUCCUCUGAGUCUGCGAUAGCGCCGAGGACUGUCACGUUGCAUAAUGGACAAAUCCUCACCUUCAAAUCCAACAUCUCCACCAAUCUGGAGAGCAUACCCAUCACCGAUGCUAGCAAGAUCUGGUCUGAAUGCUUAGAAGAUCGCCAGGCUGUCGCUGAAGAGGUUCGAGAGGCUUCGCGAACUAUUGGUUUCUUCUACCUCAUCAAUCAUGAAAUACAGGAGAAGUACGCUCAAGAUUGCUUCGCACAGGCGAAGCGAUUCUUCGCCUUACCCGAGGAGAAGAAGAUGGAGGUAUGGACAGGGCAAUUGCCCACUGAGUAUGCAGGUUUUCACCCAAUGGCGGCGUACAAUAGGAACGGUUGGAAGCAUCACGAUCUCAACGAGGCCUUCAACUGGCCGUAUGAUCCCCGGCAGGACCCCGAAGCCGUUAGCGAUCAUGCGCCUUCACCGAGUCUCUGGCCUUCAAACUUACCAGGUUUCCGCGAAGGCUUGUAUGCCUAUCAGUUACAGCUUCUCCGGUUAUCGCGCCAAUUGACGCGAAUAUUUGCCCUCGCUCUCUAUCUACCCGAGGACUAUUUUGACGAGUACAUCAAACGGCCUGAGGCUGGUAUGCGCAUUCUGCACUACCCAGAGCAGGAGAAUUGCAUCGACGAUCAGAACGGCAUCGGUGCUCAUACAGAUGUCGAGUGUUUCACCAUCGUGACUCAGGACUCAGCCGGGGGUCUCGAAGUGCUCAGCAAAUCUGGCAACUGGGUGAGGGCUGACCCGAUCCCAGGAGCUUUCGUGGUGAAUAUUGCAGACUGCUUCAUGAGACAGACCAACGACUUCUUUGUCUCUACCGUUCACCGUGUUAUCAACAAAAGCGGAAAGGAGAGGUAUUCAGCACCUUUCUUCUUCGGAUUUGAUAAGAACAAACUACUAGAGCCGGUCCCUACUUGUAUUAGCAAAGAUAACCCUAUGAAGUAUCCUAUUAUGACUGGUGGCGAGUAUUCUCGAUUCAGGGUAGGGAAAGUCAAGGGCUUACAAGAAUCAAACGACAAGACCUAA